CGCAGCUCCGGGCUCCGGGAGACAGAGGAGCUUUCAGCCGGUCUGUGUCAGGCAGAGAUGGAGUGCAUUGAAAGGACCGACUCGGUGAAGAGUUGAGUUUUCUCCGACAUGGAGCCGCAGAUGAGAAGACAGUGAACCGCAGUGAAGUCAUCAUCAGUCCCGCCGGGGUCUGAGGAGCAGCGGAGGAUGACACCUGCAGCCGCCGGCACAGGACCGACGCUGUUCCGGACUGGGCAUCAGUGAAGAGCCGGUCAGAGCUUCUGACUCUCCAUCACUGACCUGCGGCCUGACACCGACUCUUCAGCUGCAGCUGCACGAAGCGCAUCUGUUUAACUUUGCACCAGACAGGACUGCGGCAAAAACUACAGCGGGCUCGAACCUGAACACCUCACACACAGGUGAUAAAGUGUGUGAUGUUCACGUCUCCUGGAUCUGAAGAAGUCAGAGACAAACUCCUCCCUCUCUGAAGCGUCUGAUCUCUGGAGCUCUGACUCAUCAUGGGGACCGUUCUGUCGCUGUCCCCCAGCUCUCGUAAGUCCGGUUACUAUGACAACCGGCCCGGCUCCCUCAGCCACUACCCGAGCCUCAGCAGCCGCUCGCUCAACAGCCAGAAGGACCGCGGCCUGAAGAGGGGUCAGUCCAUCUUCCUGCCGGCGCUCACGUGGAAGCGACUGGUGGCCUCCACCAAGAAGAAGGGCAACUCCAAGAAGGGCUCCGGGGGCCCGGGGCCCCUCGGAGACCCGCUCAACAACAACAACAACAUCAACAUCUACCAGAAGGACCCGGUGCUGCACCUGAACCGCGAGAAUGUGAAGAAGUCUCUUUCGUGUGCCAACCUGUCCAGCUACGACGGCCCGGCGGGUCUGGGUCUGGGUCUGGGCUACGGUCUGGGUCUGGGUCAGGGUCACGGGUUCAGCUACAGUAAAUCCCAGCAGCUGUCGUCGGUGAAGAAGGUCCCUCAGGGCGCCGUGACCUCCUCCCCGAAGCGCGUCAUCGUCCAGGCGUCCACCAGCGAGCUGCUGCGUUGCCUGGGAGAGUUCCUGUGCUGCCGCUGUUACCGCCUGAAGCACCUGUCCCCCGCCGACCCCGUGCUGUGGCUGCGUGCCGUCGACCGCUCGCUGCUGCUGCAGGGCUGGCAGGACCAGGCCUUCGUCACGCCGGCCAACGUGGUCUUCGUCUACAUGCUGUGCCGGGACGUGGUGGACGGAGACCUGGUGGCGUCGGAGCACGAGCUGCAGGCCAUCCUGCUCACCUGCCUCUACCUGUCCUACUCCUACAUGGGCAACGAGAUCUCCUACCCGCUCAAGCCCUUCCUGGUGGAGGCGGGGAAGGAGGCCUUCUGGGACCGCUGCCUCGCCAUCAUCGACGCCACCAGCUCCAAGAUGCUGCGCAUCAAUGCAGACCCGCACUUCUUCACACAGGUGUUCGCUGAACUGAAGAGCGAAGGCGGCUGCGCCCCCCAGGACUACAGCCGCGUGCUGGACCGGUGAGAGGAGGUCUGACCCCCCCUCCCUGCUGACCGCAUGCCUUUCUGUACGUUCAAACAUAUGUUCAGCCCCCCCCCCCCCCCCCGUGAAGGUCUGUCUCACAGCUGAUUCAUCUGUUCCUCAGAAACUUUGUCUGAUGGUUGUCAUGGAAACAAACAACAAACCUGAGUUUAAAUGAACUCAGGAACCAUUUGUCCCACGUCACUGACCCCCCCCCACAUAUCUGAAUGUCAUGUCAGUAUGAAGAGGACAGGACGACGUCCAUCUUGGAUUUUCUCUGGUUAUGUCCAUCAGUGACACAGUGACCC